CUCUUCAUUUACAUUCAUCCAAUAACCCUUAAAACACAGUACCUAUCUUUAUAAAAAAUAAAAAGAAAAAUGGCUUCAAAGAACUCAGCUUCUCUUGCUCUUUUCUUUGCUCUCAACAUUCUCUUUUUCACGUUAACCGUUGCAACUAACUGUAACAGCUGCAACCCAAGUCCUAAACCCAAGCCAGUCCCAAGUCCUAAGCCUAAGCCGAUCCCAUGUCCUCCUCCAGUCCCAAGUCCUUCGGUCCCAAGUCCUAACCCUAUGCCGGUCACACCUCCGAGCAACCCUGGUUCAUCUGGAAAGUGCCCUAUAGAUACCCUCAAGCUUGGUGCAUGUGCAAAUGUCCUAAGCAGUCUACUCAACAUCCAGCUGGGUCAGCCAUCAUCUCAAUCAUGUUGCUCGCUCAUCGAAGGUUUGGUUGACGUUGACGCUGCGAUUUGUCUAUGCACUGCUCUUAAGGCCAACAUUCUCGGAAUCAACCUUAACGUUCCUAUAUCUCUCAGCGUUCUUCUCAACGUUUGUGAGAAAAAGCUUCCGUCUGGUUUCGAGUGUGCUUGAACGAUAUCACCUAUGUGAUGCCCGUGCACAAUAUACUUUUCCAAAUUAUUUCAGUUUGAAUAAAUGCAUGUACGAUAGAGUUUAUGUUUGAAUCUUGAUUUGUUAAAGUGAAUUAUAAAUGUGUGAAUCUUAAUUUGUAGCAAUCUUUUUCUAUUUCAACCCGUUUAAUGAAAGAGAUUUUGUAACCAA